CAUGGAACAAGAUCCCUCACCGUCCCGCCUUGGCCCAGUUAUUUUAGCUUCCAAACCGUUGAAUGGGUUCGCCCCUUUCUCCUCUUACGGCAAUCUCGAAUGGAAUGACGACGGGCAAUGUCUGUUCGUUUCGAAACGAUCUGUCUCCAUCAUCACACCACACUUGACAUCUUCACAGAAUGCCCCACCUCUGGAGACGGAGCUGGAUAGCGACGACGAUGAUCAUCCAGAACCUCUCAGUGGGGCGACGAACAAAAGCGUAUCUGUUCAACAAGCCGACAGAUCCGAUAGGACCUCUCGUAGAGGGAAACAUAGAGUGGAACGACCUGAGAAGGGUGAAAUACCUCUAUGGAUGACAGGAGUGGAGAUUGAGCGUGUGGGUGAGAAAGAAGAGCAAUAUGGUCUCAGCGAAUUAGGCGGUGUGGCUACAGGUCUUCUUGACGAAAAAGAACUCAGUGCAAAGUCGGCGAUCUGGUCACCAUCUGGCUUGAAUGAUUUAGGAGGAUGUUUGUUGGUCAUCAUGAGAAGCACUAUGCAGGUAUCCGUCUAUGCUCCAGGACGUGAUCCUCACUUCAGUCAAUGGAUAGAGCGUAAGUUUGAGAAGAAGUUGAUCUUGCGAGGUAUGAGCUGGUCCAAAGCUGUACCCUUACCCUCAACGGUCGGGCUGGACGGGAGUCUACUCGCUAUAGCCGACAGAGCGGGAUAUGUGGCCUUUUGGACAUAUGGCGAAGAUAGAAGAUUUCAUCGUGAAUACUACGAGCAAAUCAGCGACGAUUGGCCAUCUCAUCUCGCCUGGUCAGAUUGGCGUCAAGUAGACGACUACAUUUGUGAAGCUGAUCUAACUAUGUCAUUGACAGAUGGAUCUGUGAUGCUCUUGCCGAUGCAACGUAAUUUUGACCCUGAAAUGAGGAGGUGGACCUUAGAGCUUGGGGAGGUUCAAAGUGUUUCGACUCAGGACAAGAGGGUCAUCACCGCGAUAAGAUGGAUCGACGAUCUGUUGGUAUGGACUAAAAGUUCCACUGUCCAUUUUUGGUCACGGAUUCGAACUCCUCGCAGAAAAUGGGACGGGCUUCGGCAAGUCACAUUACACCGCAUUGGUGAUUGGGCAGGAGCCAAUUCUCUUUUCCCUUGUAUUGGUAUACAGGCUAUCGCCGACAAUUCAAUACUCGUCACGUUGUCUAAUUUGAGUACUCAUCUCAUCGAACAUAUCAAUACCGAACCGACUAUAGCAUCUCCACAACGACUGUUCGACCUGACAUUGUCUAUGCGUGAUGUUUUCUUGGAGACUUUGGGUGGACCGUACACGCUACAGAAUCUCGAUACUCAAAGCUUGACAGCUAGCACGGCCGGUUGGGCUGGUUUAGGUGGUCAUGUGGCCAUAUGGGCGAGCGAGGCAAUCAAUUUUCAUAAUCAAUUCACAGUGACAGAGGCUAAGAGACGCACUGUUCUCACUUUGACAGACUUUGGGUCCGCCUUACCUCAAUACGGCAGAAGCGUGAGGGAACAGCUGGUUCAGAUACUGGAAGGAUCACUUAGACUUCUGGACAAAUCACCCACCGCCAUCCUUGCACCUUUGACACUUCGUAUCACAGCCGAACCUCGGACCUCGGGAGUCAUCAAUACCAUAAUCGAGACACUUUCCGCCAGGGCCACUUCGAUCGUCCCUACGCCUUCGACGAGGCUUCGAGACGAUCUGCGUCGUCUCUUGUGGUCCUCCACUGAACUCAACGCAAGGAGACUAGAGGUUGUCUUACUCUAUUGGCUCAUGUCAUUCUGCCCGGAAAGAAAGACCGACUUAUCGAAAUUACUGUCCGACGCUUCCAGAUCAAUCGACCAAAAUUUCGUGGCAAGUCUUAUCAUGUGGGUUGCACCCCAGAUGGAAGGUUACCAGGAAAUGUCUCCUACAAGUAAAGAUUACCAAUUCCUCCGUCUACUUGUCAAAGCUUCAUAUGAUGUGAUCAUCGAUAUGAACUCCCUGACAAGUGACAUCAUCACUAUUUCCUCUACUACAGGUAUGGGUACGGAGAGUGAGAGACAAGAAGUCAAAGAUUUAUGUCCUGUAUGUGGAGAAGGGGUUGAGCCAAUUGAAGAGGGGUAUGCUUGCUCCAAAGGACAUGAAUGGACUCGAUGCUCGGUCACGCGAUUCUUGAUCACACAACCUAACUAUCGUAUCUGUCUUUCUUGUCCCGCCAUCGCCCUGCUUCCCGAUCGACUCAUCCGCACACCUAUCGCGAUCGACGAACGGGGUAAAGAGCGCGAUUGGAAACGGUUCCGUACGCCUAUCGAUCGAACACGAGGAGACUGGUUGGUACAAGAGGUGUUGGAAGCGGCUGUGGUAUGUGUACGAUGUGGCGGACGAUGGGCUAGGACAAUGUGAUAUGAUGUCAUCUUUUCUUACUCU